AUGGCUAAAAUUCCUAAUACAAAACUUAAACAAAUCUUAAAAAAGGCAAAAGAUAAAAAAGAUUUGAUCGAAAGGUUGACCAGUUACGAUCCUGACUAUGAUAAUUUUCAAGAUAUGAGAAAAAAAUACGAAAGCAAUGGUGAAACUAUGAAGGCUAUUGCCGCGAUGUGGAAAACCA